AUCGAGGCUUUUACCAAUUUAUGCGUUAGAAUGUUUCCCUCUUUCCCAUAAAUAUACCCCUCUCGAAAGCUAACUGAAUUUACCCGCCACCGUUCCUUCACCUUCUCCUUCUUGCCCCCCUUUACACACACAUACGCCUCUGUAAAUUCUUUCAAUGGCUGCGGAUUCGAGAAAAACCACUUCGGAGAUGUUGAUCUCAAGAAGGCCCAAGAAGAAUCGGAAUCGUGUUAAUUCAAUUUCUGGAACUGGAAAUAGAGAUCUGAACAUUGCCGAUGCUCCUGAUAGAAGUCCGAUCUUGGUUAAACCUAAAACAGAGCAGGCAGCUGUGGUAAUGGCAGCUAGAAAAGUUCCAGUUCUGUAUUACCUCACAAGGAAUGGCAACCUUGAACAUCCUCAUCUCAUCGAUGUUCCUCUCUCUUCUCCCCAUGGUCUCUACCUCAGAGAUGUUAUGAAUACAAUGAAUUAUCACAGAGGAAGAGGAAUGUCAAACAUGUAUUCCUGGUCAUUCAAAAGGAGCUACAAAACUGGAUAUGUAUGGCACGAUUUAUCGGAGGAUGAUCUGAUUGAAUCGACAAAUGGUCAUGGUCAUGAUUACGUCCUUAAAGGAUCAGAGCUUCUUGAAACAUUACAAAAUCCGACGGACACGAAUCAAACCGGCGGCGAUUGCAACUCUACAACAACCGCGGCGGUGGCCAUGAUCAAGCGACGGAAUCAAUCAUGGAGUUCAUUCGACAAUCCACAAGAGUACAUGGUCGUGAAGUGCGAAUCUAGCAGAGAACUCGCGGCAAAGUUCGCCGCCGAUGCUGCUACACAAACGGAGGAGCAACGGAGACGCCGGAGUUUCGAACGAGAAAGGAAAGAGCACGUGACGAUGACGCUGGGUAGAGAAGAAAUACCAUCUCCACCGCCUUCUAAUUCGAGCUCCGAGGUGUCAGAGGGAGCGAGAUACAUCGAUCCGACGGUGGACGUGCGAAGUGGAGAUCUGACGGCGGAGGAUCGACAUGACGCUGGUGGAAGGAUGAAAGCUUCUGAAGUUCUGAUGCAGCUGAUUACGUGUGGGGUCCAUAAGUCCAUUCUCGGUUAAAGAUGUAAGUAAGCUCCAUGAAGGGUGCAUGGUCGGCGAAGCACAGGAUCAAUAAAAAUAUGCAUGUAGACAUGACAUGUAAUGUCACUAUUUUGU